AUGUCCAACAUAACUGAUGUUCUCUCCCGGAGGAAGGACCGUGAGGAGGGUUUGGGUCAAAAUGAGAAUGCAGUGCUUUUUAAUAAUCAGGAUUUUAGGGUUCUGCAGCGUGAGUGUUUGGAAAAAGGAACCCUGUUCUGCGACCCCACAUUUCCUGCCGACUCCAGCUCACUCGGCUACAACCAGCUGGGCAGAUACUCCUCUAAAACCACAGGCGUGGAAUGGAAACGGCCCACGGAGCUUUGUUCAAAUCCCCAGUUCAUCAGUGGUGGUGCUACAAGGACCGACAUCAAACAGGGAGUUUUAGGUGAUUGUUGGCUCCUGGCAUCGAUCGCCUCUCUGACUCUGGAUAAAGAGAUUUUGGGACGAGUGGUUCCUAAUGAUCAGAACUUCACGGAGAACUAUGCUGGUAUUUUCCACUUCCAGGUAUGGCAGUAUGGUGAAUGGGUGGACGUGGUGGUUGAUGAUCGGCUGCCCACCAAAAAUGGCGAGCUGCUGUUUGUUCAUUCGGAGGAAGGAAGCGAGUUCUGGAGUGCUCUGCUGGAGAAAGCAUACGCCAAGGUAAACAGUUCUUAUGAGGCUCUGUCAGGAGGAUCCACCAUUGAAGGGUUCGAGGAUUUUACAGGAGGAAUAGCAGAAAGUUACGAGCUUCUGGAAGCUCCUCCAACUCUCUUCAACAUCAUUAAAAAAGCUCUGGAUCGAGGAUCUCUGCUUGGCUGCUCUAUAGAUAUAAGCAGUUCAUACGAAACUGAAGCUGUAACUCGACAGAAAUUGGUGAAGGGCCACGCCUAUUCUCUCACCGGAGCUGAAGUGGUCCAUGUAUACGGCAGUCCGGUUCAGUUGGUGAGGUUGAGAAAUCCAUGGGGACAGGUGGAAUGGACCGGAGCCUGGAGUGAUGAUUCAAGUGAGUGGAAUCAAGUUCUACCCGAGGAGAAAUCUAAACUUGAUUACUCAGCUGAUGAUGGAGAGUUCUGGAUGGAGUUUUCAGAUUUUAUUCAUAACUUCUCCAGACUGGAGAUCUGUAAUCUAACUCCUGAUACUCUGACCAGUGAUGGUGUUGCUCGCUGGAGUUACCACCAAUUCGAGGGCAUGUGGAGAAUCGGCUCUACCGCGGGUGGCUGCAGGAACAACCCAGCAACAUUUUGUUCAAACCCACAGUUUGUAAUAAAGUUGGAUGAGGUGGAUGAUGAUCCUCAUGAUGGGGUGGAUGGAUGUUCAUUUUUGGUUGGUCUAAUGCAGAAGGACACACGCAGAGAAAGACAGUUUGGCCGGGACUUUAACACCAUCGGAUUUGCUAUAUACAAGGUUCCUGAUGAGUAUAGAGGUAUGAAUAAUGUACACUUGGGGUCAGAUGUGUUACUGAGACAGAAAGCGGUUGCUAUGAGUAACACCUAUAUAAACCUGCGGGAGGUGUGUGGUCGGUACAAACUGCCCCCGGGGGAGUACGUCAUCAUCCCAUCCACCUUUGAACCGCACCGUAAGGGCAGCUUCAUCUUGCGGGUGUUUACUGAAAAACUCGCUACAGCCAGUCCGAUGGAGAAGGACAUGACCCACGAGUAUAAAGAGAGUGAAAUUUCUGCUGAAGAUGUGGAUCCACAUUUUAAACAUCUUUUCAAACAGAUCUCUGGAAACGAUUCAGAGAUUUCAGCGUUGGAGCUGCAGAAGAUUCUGGAUCACGUCAUUUCUCAGAGAACUGAUCUGAAAACUGAUGGAAUGAGUAUGGAGACGUGCCGUCACAUUAUCAGCCUUCUGGAUAGAGAUGGCAGUGGAAAACUUGGACUGCUGGAGUUCCAUACUCUCUGGAUGAAGCUGCAAAUAUACCUGGAAAUAUUUAAGAACCUAGAUACAGAUAACUCCGGAACCAUGAGCUCCCAUGAAAUGAGAGACGCACUAAGUCAAGCAGGUUUUCAUUUGAACACUCUGGUGUUGGACGUGAUCAUCACUCGUUAUGCUGAUCAACAAAGUGCUGUUGAUUUUGAUAGUUUUGUGUCCUGCGUGAUCCGACUGGAGCUUCUUUUUCAAAUGUUUAAGAAGUUCGAGAAAAAUAACAGCGGAAAAAUUGAACUUGAUAUGCUGCAGUGGCUGUGUUUGGCUCUGAGCUGAAUACCCAGAAUUCUUUGCUGUGAA